UUUAAAUCCCAGUCAGUCAGGACAGACAGACAGACAGACAGACAGACAGACAGACAGACAGACAGACAGACAGACAGACAGACAGGACAACUGGCGUGGUGUUUUCCAAACCUUCACCGUAACACAGAGUGCAAACUCAGGCUCAACACUGCACCACCAGGCUCAACACUGCACCACCAGGCUCAACACUGCACCACCAGGCUCUACACUGCAGCCCAGCCAUGAGCAGCACCAAACAACUCAACAACAGGAGCGGAGGCAAUGCAUCCAAGAAGAAGUGCCCAUUGGCCAUGGGGCUGGAGGACAUUGCCCCCCUGGUGCGCACUGUUGAGGAGAUCCCUGAGCCCAUCACCACGGUGAUCAAGGGGAACAUCCCAUCCUGGAUCAACGGAAGCUUCCUGCGGAAUGGGCCCGGAAAGUUUGAGUUCGGAAAAGACAACUUCAACCACUGGUUUGACGGAAUGGCCUUGAUGCACCGCUUCUACAUCCAUGACGGUGAGGUGACCUACAGCAGCCGCUUCCUGCGCAGCGACUCCUACGUGCGUAAUUCUGAGAAAGACCGCAUUGUGGUGUGUGAGUUUGGAACCAUGGCCAUGCCUGACCCCUGCAAGAACUUCUUUUCUCGAUUCUUAUCCCGCUUCAAGAUUCCCAAGGCCACAGACAAUGCCAGUGUGAACUUUGUGAAGUACAAGGGCGACUAUUACGUAAGCACGGAGACCAACUACAUGCGGCGGGUGGAUCCACAGAGCCUGGAGACCAAGGAGAAGGUGGACUGGUCUGAAUACAUUGCAGUAAACUCCGCCACAGCCCAUCCUCAUUAUGACCGUGAAGGGGCCUCGUACAACAUGGGCAACUCCUAUGGCAAGGGCGGCUUUUUCUACAACAUCAUCCGUGUGCCCCCGCCUGAGAAGGUAGCGGGGAAGACAGCUGAUUUCAGUGGAGCUCAGGUCCUCUGUUCCAUCCCAGCCUCUGACUCCAGGAAACCAUCCUACUACCACAGCUUCGCCAUGUCAGAGAACUAUGUGGUGUUCAUAGAGCAGCCCAUCAAGCUGGACCUGCUCAAGUUUAUGCUGUUCAGGAUCCAGGGCAAGAGCUUCGACAAGGUCAUGACCUGGGAGCCACAGUAUGACACCAUCUUCCACGUGGUGCACAGACACACAGGCGAGCAAAGCAAGGUAAAGUACAGCGCCCCACCCAUGUUCACCCUUCACCAGAUCAACGCCUACGAGGACAAAGGGUUCCUUGUAAUGGACAUGUGCUGCGGGGACGAUGGGGACGUCAUUGGAGACUUCACACUAGAGAACCUUCGAAGGGGUCCAGGGGAGGAGAUGGACAAGUUUUAUAACUCCAUGUGCAGAAACCUUCCACGGAGAUACGUCCUACCCCUGACCGUAACUGAUGACACACCCAGUGACCAAAACCUUGUCACUCUGCCUUUCUGUCAAGCAACUGCGGUCAAGACUGGGUGUGGAAAGGUGCUUUGUACACACGAGGAACUCUAUGAUGAAGAGCUGUUCCAGUACGGUGGCCUGGAGUUCCCACAGAUCAACUAUGCCCAUUACAACGCGCGUCCUUACCGCUACUACUACGCAUGCGGCUUCGGACACCUGUUCAGCGACUCCCUGCUGAAGAUGGAUCUGGAGACCAAGAAACUUAAGGCAUGGCGUCACCCUGGUCUCUUCCCAUCUGAGCCUAUGUUUGUUCCUGCGCCCAACGCAACAGAGGAGGAUGAUGGUGUGGUCAUGUCCAUCAUCAUCACACCCAGAACUGAGAAAAGCACGUUCCUGCUGGUUCUGGAUGCCAAGACUUUCACGGAGCUGGGCCGGGCAGAGGUUCCAGUCAACAUUCCAUUUGGAACUCAUGGAGUGUUCAAUGAGAUGCAAUGAAAAUGCUAACGUCAGAACCCCUUCAGCAUUCUGAUUAUGAAAUUACUCCAUCCAUGGAUGUCUUUUCUGAUGCUGUUAAGAUAACAUCUCUAACUACUGCAGUACUCUUGGAGCAUUUUUGGUACAGCCAGAGGAGGAAGGCCCUCUCCUCUUGAGUCUUGUUCCUCUUGAGGCUAAGACUCUCGAGGUUUGUUCCUUCUAGGGAGUUUUCCCCUGCCGCUGUACUUCUGCUGCUUGCUAUUUGGGGUCUAGGCUCGGGUUCUAUAAUAAUAAUGAAGUAAUACAUUGGAUUUUUAUAGCACUAUGAAGUAUUUUGUACCAACUGCUAAGGUAGAAAGGCUUUAUAAAUACAUCUAAUUGAUUUAUUGAUAACACAGGACUGAGGAGAACCAGUUCCUCAGACCCUUUUAAAACGUCAGUCUGUAGACACAUCUAUCUAUGUCAUAUCCUUAUCUAAAGGUUCCCUGCUUUGUAAAGUAAAUGUUGAUGUUGGUGACUGAUCUGGUGUUUUUUCAUGGACAUUAACUGUAGACCUUAGACUAAAACUUGGGACGGUUUUUCACUACUUUGGUAUUCACAAUCAGUGUCAAUAUUUGAUCAAAUAUUUCUGCGGCAACUAAUUUUCUCUACAGCAAAUUACAAGAAGUCAACUGAGGCUCUGAAGUGAAAUGAGUUUUACUUGUUUAAUUUCCGAUCUUCAAAGUGUUUCAUAACAUGUACGCAUUUGAAAUACUAUACUCCCAUAGCCGUGCAGUGCACUUACAAAACAUGAAAAUGCCUCCAGGAAAUGUAAUUUCAGUUUAAGUAAUGUGAUAUAAAAUGGACAUUGUCUAAAAUGCCAGUAAAACAAAUGGCUUUCAGCAUUCAAUAGCCACCACUGAGAGCCAAAUGAAGGUCACAUUGACAACUCAGAUUGCAUUUCAUCCCAUUGACAUGGCCCACUGUAAGGGUGACUUACAAACACAUUCUUUUCAUAGACUGAAACAGAUUUAAUUGUUACAAUACAACUGUAGAAUGCAUAUCAAAUCUAUAUUAGUUUCUCAAUACUUUAUAAUUCUCAUUGUCACUGUCAUAAUUUAGCUGCUAGCUGGAUCACUGAAGGGAAUGUAGUCCAGAGGGUUGCACACACAUUAGUGAAAGCAGGAAGACUGAAAGAGCAGUGGAAGUAGCAAAUGGCUGCCUAUUUAAUAAUAUUUUCCAUUCAAGCCAGGUCUCCCUAGGUUACUUAUUAAUUACCCCAUAAUUCCUAAUCUAAUCAGUCAUGCUUAACUACUCUUUGUACUCAAAUAUUCAAAUUAAUUAGUGGUCUAUCCAAAGGGCAGGAACAUUGGUAUGAGGGGAGGCCGCCAGGGACCGCCUGUAUCGACAUUUGAAUAAAUGUGGCACUAAUUUGCAUAUUGUCAAAUGGUUGGAUUUUGUGAAUAAUAUUUAUGAAACACCCCCAUGUUCAUUUUAUAUCACUCACACUUUGUGGUGGAGAAAAGUUUGAGAAAAAUUACUCAUUCUCGUAAUUAGAUACAUUUAAUGCAGGGGUGUCAAACUAAAUUUCUGGAAGGC